AUGGACGCGACCCAGAGCAAACGGAGAGAAACCUCCCAGAACACAGACAGCGACCUGUCUGAGCUGAUCAAAUCCGCCACUAAAGACAGUCAUGUAAGGGCAGAGAAUACUCAACUGAUGCUCAGCUAUCAGAGGGGACAAAUUACUCAGACACAGUACAAGCUUCUGCUGUGCUCCCUGUACGAGGUCUACCGAGCUUUGGAGGAAGAGCUGGACUCAAAUUCCCAGCAUCCCGCAGUUGAGCCCAUAUAUUUCCCUCAGGAGUUGGCUCGCCUGGAGCCCCUGGAGAGGGACCUGGAGUUCUUCUUUGGUCCUGACUGGAGAAAGAGAGUCACUGUCCCUGCGGCCACCCACCGAUACGCACAAAGGCUGCGAGAGAUUGGCAGAAAGAGCCCAAAUCUGCUGGUGGCCCAUGCCUACACCCGUUACCUUGGCGACCUGUCAGGAGGUCAGGUCUUGGGCCGCAUCACCCAGAAGACCCUCGGGCUAGUCGGACAGGAAGGAGUUUCGUUUUUCUCCUUCCCCGGAGUGACGAGUCCGAAUCGAUUCAAACAGCUGUACAGGGCAAGAAUGAACAGCAUCGAGCUGACUAAAGAAGAGAAACAGAAAGUCCUAGAAGAAGCAGUCAGGGCUUUUGAGUUCAAUAUCGAGGUGUUUGAGGACCUUCAGAAAAUGCUGAGUAUUACAGAAGACACUUCAGGUGACAAGCCAAAGGACAACCCAUUCAACCUGACCUCCAAAAACAUCAGCAGCUUCCCCGGCAUUCAGUUCACUUUGGGAAUUUGCGUUGCCUUGGUUACGGUCGGAAUGGGAUUAUACGCCUUUUGA